AUGGAAACGGAUUAUGAAUUAAGGAGCAAGAAGGAAAAAGAAAAGGUGGGAAAUUAUGGGAAAUUCGAAAAACAAAAUGGGGAUAUAGAAGUUAAAAAAAAUGUAAAGAAUAAGAAGGAUGGGAAAAUAUAUGUGGCUACAUGGAAUGUCCGAGGCACUUACACGGAAGGCGCACUUAUUAGACUGACGCAGAUUAUGAGCAACUAUGCGAUAGAUAUUGUGGCUAUCCAAGAAACGAAACAAAAAGGAAAUUUUACGCAAGAAAUAGGAAAUUACAUAUAUUUUAACAGUGGAGCAGAUGAUAGAAUAUUUGGAACAGGGUUUUUGGUGACAAAAAAAUUAAAAUCGGAAAUAGUAGAAUUUCUGCCCAUUUCAAAUAGAUUAUGCAAAUUAAGAAUAAGAAGUAAAUACAGGAAAAUAAGUAUUAUUAAUGUACAUUGUCCAACAGAAGAAAAAGAAGAAGAAGAAAAAGAAGAAUUUUAUGAGAGAAUUGAAGGAGUCUAUAAUAAAAUUCCAAGAUACGAUGUCAAAAUGGUAAUUGGAGAUUUUCAUGCAAAGAUAGGGAAAGAAGAAAUAUAUAAACCGAUUAUAGGGAGCCAUAGUAAGCAUAAUCAGAGUAAUGAAAAUGGAAAGAAACUUAUAGAGUUUGCAACAGAGAAGGACCUAUGGAUAGUAACAACAUUUUUCCAACAUAAGAAUAUACAUAAGGGUACAUGGACUUCACCCAAUGGAAAGACAAUGCAAGAAGUUAUCGAGGGGCAGAUUUGGAUACAGAUCACAUGCUAG